AGAGACACUGUCCUCUUCACACACCCUUCUUACUCAAUUCAGACAAAACUCCAUAGCUGUCUAACGAGAAAAAAAUGUCGAAAGAAGUGAGCGAAGAGGGACAAACACACAGCCAUGGGAAAGACUACGUGGACCCUCCACCAGCUCCCCUUCUCGACAUGGGAGAGCUCAAGUCUUGGUCUUUCUACAGAGCCCUCAUCGCCGAGUUCAUCGCCACACUCCUCUUCCUCUACGUCACCGUAGCCACCGUCAUCGGCCACAAGAAGCAAACCGGUCCUUGCGACGGCGUCGGUUUACUCGGAAUCGCUUGGGCCUUCGGUGGUAUGAUCUUCGUCCUCGUCUACUGCACCGCCGGUAUCUCUGGUGGUCACAUUAACCCAGCUGUGACUUUCGGUCUGUUCUUGGCGCGUAAGGUAUCUUUGGUGAGAGCUGUUGGGUACAUGAUAGCUCAGUGUCUUGGAGCUAUCUGUGGUGUGGGUUUCGUGAAAGCUUUCAUGAAGACUCCUUACAACACUCUCGGUGGGGGAGCUAACACUGUAGCCGACGGUUACAGCACGGGGACUGCUCUUGGAGCUGAGAUUAUUGGAACUUUCGUUCUUGUUUACACCGUGUUCUCUGCGACUGACCCUAAGAGAAGCGCCCGUGACUCUCACAUCCCCGUUUUGGCUCCACUCCCAAUUGGAUUCGCUGUGUUCAUGGUGCAUUUGGCUACCAUCCCCAUUACUGGAACUGGAAUCAACCCAGCCAGAAGCUUUGGUGCUGCUGUUAUCUACAACAACGAGAAGGCUUGGGAUGACCAUUGGAUUUUCUGGGUUGGACCGUUUGUGGGAGCACUAGCAGCAGCAGCUUACCAUCAAUACAUAUUGAGAGCGGCAGCAGUUAAGGCGUUGGCAUCAUUCCGAAGCAAUGCAACCAACUGAUGAAUGUGAUGAAACAUCUUUCGUUAUGCUUUUUAUUUUUAUUUGUUGCUUUAUUUGUGUGUUAGCGAGAGAGAGCUUAUAAGUUUGGUGGAUUGAUUAUGUUAAUUAUGAAAUGGGUUUAUGAUUUUUUUUCUUUUUUUUUUUCCUACCCACUUUGUUAGCUUUUCAAUAUGUAGUUUAGUUUGCUGUGUCUUGUGAAUCAUCAUCCUUUGUUAGUUAUAUCCUUCUCUCUCUA